AUGGGAAAGGAUUAUAUUAACAUCUGCAGUUUAACUACAACACCAAAAAACAGUGAUGGCUUUAGGCUAAAGUUUUUGGUUUCUCUUCGUAAGAGAACAUACUACAGCACCUCUGUAUUCGGAAGCUCUGGUGUCAAGCAUGCGAAUAUCCUUGAUCCAGAGUGUUUAAUGUGUGGAACGAAGAUAGUCACAGAUAAUGCAAUUUUUAAUUUUGGCUCUAUAAAACCAGAUGAAACUAUGAGCAAGGAGAUUGUCAAGAUUAUAGCCAAGGGAAUGAACAAGAAUUUUCUUCAUUCGGGUCAAUCUGAUCCAUAUGAGGAUGACCCAUGGUUACUGAACCUGAACAGAUGGGAGCAUUCAUUUCCUGAGCACUUUGUGCCCCAUUCAUUUGCUUUGGGGUUUCGACAUCCAAUUUGUGAUGCAGAUGUUCAGCAUGGAGUUACAAGUAGCUUACUUCAGAUGGCUGAGACAACAACCAGAGGCCCGCAGGAUGUCUCCAGCUCUUCUCCUGAUGAAAAUGAAUUUCCUUUCGGAUAUCCCAGUAACAUUUGUGAGGACGUGCCCGAUCAGAAGUACCUGUGCAGCAACUGCAAUAACGUUCUGAAGAAAGCGCUGCAGACGCUCUGUGGGCAUAGGUACUGCUCAGCCUGCCUCUCCUGGAUCGUACGAAACAAUAAAAAUCCGAUUUGCCAGAAAUGUAAAGAGGAAGAUCCCAGCACUUUAAGCGAGGGAAGCCUGUUGGCAGAAGAAAGGGCUUUUGGUGAUGCUGCCAUUAAUAAAGAGAUUUCUGAACUCAAAGUACACUGUGUGACCCUUGGAUGCAGUUGGUCUGGUAUCAUGAAAAAUUUUGAAGAGCAUCAGAGCUUAUGUGAAUAUGCUUUAAUCCCUUGCCACACUGGUUGUGGACACAUGGUGAUGAGAAAGAAACUUGCGGAUCAUUUGGAAAAUGGAUGUGUUAAUAAUGUGACGAUGUGUCGGAAGUGUAAGCGGAGCUUAUCCAGUAGUGAAUACCAAAACCAGUCUACACCCUUAAUCAACAAGGAUGGAUGUCGUUUUUCAGAAGUUGGCUGUUCAUUUAGGGGAAGCAAAGAGAAGAUAAAGGAGCAUGAAAAAACUGCAGUCGGCGCCCACAUGCUGCUUCUGCUGCAGCACAUAAAGCAGUUGAAGGCAAACUUGUGCACUGCUGCCAAAGCUGCAAACGGCUCCAUCCCGCAGUCAGAGCUGAACGUGAACGAUGCAGGAAAAAGCAUCUCUGAUCUGCACAUCCCAACGGGGCUGGAAAUCAACGGGGAUGUGGAAGUAGACUGUUUUCCUGGAUCUUCUGUUCCUGAAGAUGGAUCUGUUCUGCAACAACUUGUGAAGGAGAAAGUGAUUUCUGAGCUAGAAAAUAAGCUACAUGUGUUUGAGAAUAUUGUGGCAGUGCUCAAUAAAGAGGUGGAGACCUCUAAUGUGGAAAUCACAGCCUUUCGGAGACAGAGCGAACUCGAUCAAAAUAUAAUACGAGGCCUCGAGCUGAAGAUUGCAGAGUUGCACCGGUGCCUGACGCAGAAGGACGCAGGCCUGAGCAGUCUUCAUAAGAGUCUUCUGUUCUCUGAGCAAGCUUCCUAUGAUGGGGUCUUUCUGUGGAAAAUAACAGAUGUUGGCAGGAAGUUACAAGACUCGGUGACGGGAAGAACAGUCAGUUUGUAUUCACCAGCUUUCUACACUGCGAAGUAUGGCUACAAGGUCUGUCUGAGGGUUUAUCUGAAUGGGGAUGGGACAGGAAAAGGAACCCACGUGUCCCUGUUCUUUGUUGUCAUGAAAGGAGACUACGAUGCUCUGCUCCCAUGGCCGUUCAGACACAAGGUUACAUUUAUGUUGCUCGACCAAAACAAUAGGGAACACAUUAUUGAUGCAUUUCGGCCGGACUUGACCUCUGCUUCAUUUCAGAGACCGGUGAAUGACAUGAAUGUUGCAAGCGGCUGUCCCAUGUUCCUCCCUUUGUCCAAGUUACAGUCACCUAAAUAUGCUUAUGUGAAAGAAGACACGCUUUUCCUUAAAUGCAUUAUAGAAACAAAUUAG